CAGCACAGGUGAGGGGGAGGAGAAGAAAAUCUCAAACACAGGAAGCAGGGAAAGCUGGGAAAGGUAGGCUGUUUUCUCAGCUUAAACGAAAACAAGACCAGAUUUUGUACACAGUUCAAAGUUUAAGUGACAGCAGGCUUUCCCAUCAAGCCAAACGCCAAGCAGUGGAAAAUGCCAGAGAGGGGAAGACACCACCAGAGGAGUGAUGUGUAUGAUGAGUACAACAGCAGGGAAGGGGACUAUUCACACAAUAGAGACCACGCUUCAUAUGACAGCAGAGGUCCCAACCAAAAGCCAAGACACAUAGACGAGAGAGGCUCUGCUGGUGACAGGAGGGUCAAACAAAACAGACAGAGGGACGUGACGACUGCCUCUCACAUGGAACCUCCUGAUUACACAGACCAUGACCAUGAAGGACCCUCCAGACUGUCCAGAGUGACUUCGGUGUAUCACUCUGAAGGGGAGUAUUAUGAGCGACAACACGGGCAAGCUCUGUACAAUCUCAGAUACAUCUUAACCAGUAGAGGUCUCUGCCAGCUUAUGGAGCUGUUUGUGAAUCUGCUGAUCGUCAUCUGUGCCGGAGUGCCAUACAGCAACAAUGGGGGUUACCGUGACCUGGCCAGCCUCGGUGGACUCUACUAUUAUCAAUUUGGUGGAGCCAACGCCUUCACCGGAGCCGACGCAGACAGGGUGAAGGAGCUGGACCUGCUGUUCCAUCAGCUCAAGCGGCCUCCGUACGCCUUCACCAUGGCAUGCGGUGGGGUGUUAAUGAUCUACGUCUGUGCCAUGCUUGCCCUGGGGAUUUUCAGAGUGCCUUACCGCUGGCCCCCUGUGCUGCUGGGGGAGGCUCUGCUGAACUUCCUGAUCGGCCUGGGCUACAUCCCUGCACUGGCCUUCUACUUUAUUAAGUUGCAGGAAACCUACAGCGAUCCCAUCUGUGAGGAGAGAGAGAAGAUGUACAAGAGCAAAGGGCACAAUGGCUUUGAGUGCCAGUUCCACGGUGCAGAUAUCGCAGGAGGUCUCUUCGGGGUGCUCGGGGUGUUUGUUUUCAUCUUUGGUGCAGUUUUAGCUGUCAGAGCUUUCAGGUCAGUGCGGGAGUUAAAGAAGCAAAGGACAAACGAGGACAAUAAUUUUUAAGAUGGUUUUUGUCGUUGACAUAUUUGAACAAAAGUGGGAUUGAGUAGAAAACCCUGCGACAGGCAAACAUGGGAGGUUUUUUUCAUAAUAGGUGUAAUUGUGUAUUCACUCUUGUUGAAUGUGAUCUGUGAAUCAGCUUUUAUUUAAUCCACUUUUUAUUCUUUGAAGAUGUUUUUUAAGUUGAUUUUGACUAGUUUUCCAGUUUACAUACCACUGUAAUGUCUGUUACAUUUUUUCUAAAUGUGUGGUUAUAAUAAACGACUCAAAUGGUAUAUAAA